AUGGCAAUCCUCGACUGGGUGUUUGGGAAAAGUCUAACACCACAAGAGCGACUCAAAAAGAACCAAAGGGCGCUGGAGAGGACGCAGCGAGAGUUGGAGAGGGAACGGCGAAAGCUAGAACAACAAGAAAAGAAACUUGUCACUGAUAUACGAAAGUCCGCGAAAGAUGGACAGGUUGCGGCGGCCAAAAUUCAAGCGAAGGACCUCGUCCGGACGAAAAAGCACAUCUCCAAAUUCAAUAACAUGAAGACUCAACUUCAAGCAAUUGCGCUCAGAAUACAGGCUGUCCGGAGUAGUGACCAAAUGGCGACAUCGAUGCGGGAAGCCACCGGACUCCUGGCGUCAAUGAACAGAUCCAUGAACCUCCCUCAGUUGCAGCGCAUCUCUGCAGAAUUCGAGAAGCAAAGUGAUCUCAUGGAUCAACGCCAAGAAUUCAUGGACGAGGCCGUAGACGAUGCAAUGGGAGACGAACUGGAAGAAGACGAGGAAGUGGAUGAAAUAGUCAAUAAGGUUCUUGAUGAAAUUGGCGUCGAUUUAAACGUCAAACUUCAAGAUACCCCACGGGAACCACUGGAAAAUGGCGAAAUACAAGGCGAAGAGAGGGUUGCGGAGACUUCGGGUAGCGGUAGCGGUGGCGGUGCAGCUUUUAGUGCUGAUGAUGAGUUACAAGCCAGACUUAACAGUCUCAAAAGAUGA